UGUUUUGCUUUUAGUCUACGGAUCUACUCUGUGCAUUGACCAAAACUAAGGAUAACAUAAUUUUAACUUACCUAGCGUAUUUUGAAAUAUGAAAUGGCUGCGAUUGAGAAAGUGAAAGUAGUCGUUCUGGGUGAUUCAGGUGUAGGAAAAACUUCGCUUAAUUACCUCAUUGCGCAUAACAAGCCCCUUCUUUCACCGGGUUGGACUGUUGGCUGUUCUGUAGAAGUUAAGUUGCAUAGGUACAGAGAAGGAACCCAAGCGCAGAAUACAUUUUUUGUAGAGCUUUGGGAUGUGGGUGGUUCCAAUGGACAUCGAAAUACGAGAGAUGUAUUUUAUCAACCAACACAUGGUAUAAUCUUGGUACAUGAUUUAACAAAUAGAAAAAGUCAAGUGAACUUGCAAAAAUGGCUCUCAGAGAUUCUAAAUCAAGAUAAAUCCAAUCCAACUCUACAGCACGUUGAUGUGGAUCCGGAACAGUUUUUAGGAUCUACCCAAAUUCCUAUAUUAGUAAUAGGAACAAAGUUUGAUUUAGCAGAGGAAAAGCAAAGAAAGAAUCAGUAUAGAAGGUUAGCUAGUAGUAUAGCCGAGCAGUGUGGGGCUGAUGAAAUAUUUGUAAACUGCCAUCAAGCAAGGUCGCUCGCUCCGGGUACCAGCAAUUCUGUCAAAUUAACAAGAUUUUUCGAUAAGGUGAUAGAAAGACGAUACUACUCUAGAAUUAGUCCAUUUCCGGAUAAGAAAAGAAUUCCUUCGUACAUGAUUGCUACUUCUACACCUCUUUCUAGUAAUAAACCGGCGCAGUACCUUAGUCCAAGAUUCUAUCAUAUGGAUUGA